AUGGGCAGCGCCGUCGCACGGCACAGGGAGAACACCGGGCCAGGCGGAACGGCAGCCUCUUCUUUUGCGGGAUGCCACACCGGCACGACAACAAACCGGCGAUCUCACUGGAUGCCUGCAGCCAAUAAGGCUGCUGAGAAAACAGAGUCAUCGAGGAAUUUGACUGCGGUAAAAAGUAGCAGUCCGAAUGCGUCAUCGUCAUCGCCUGUGAGCAUUGAGGCAAGGAGAAAGGUAGAUGUCAAGAAGCCGGAGCCUCCACCACCACCACCUGCCGUUAGUUGUCUGGUGCCGUCAAAGCAUCUACCAAGCUUGCGUAAGCCGUUGGAGUGGGAAUUGUUACCGCUUCCAAAUGCGCAGGGAGCCGCAAUGAAUCGUGGCAAAGCAUCUCCUAAACUCUUGCCUAGAGAAACUACUGGGACCGAUGAAAAGCCCAACGAAACUGGCAGAGGCCUUUCCCCUACCCCAAUGUCUCUGAGUGGUCCACCGACACAGGAUAGUAUUGGGAAAAAGGACAUAGUGGUGAGGAAACCGCCUUUCAGAAACCGAGUUGAGUGCGAUGAGGACCUUCCCACGUCUGUGGAGCCUGGCUCGGAUGGAACAUUGCCGUCCAAGUCGACGAAGAAGAAUACCCCUCAUUCAGGUGCUUUCAAUUCUUUAGCCUCAAAUAAUUUGGACAGUCGCUCGUCCGAUUUCUUUGGGGAUUUUGUUGCCCGCGGUUUCAUGCCGUUUAGGGAUACUAAUUUGCUGUGGUUUAAUGUAGACUUUGACCGAAAGUUGCUUAAACGGCGUGAGCAUUGUGAUGUGGUCUGGUGUCCACUUGAGGAAAUUGCACUUCCGGAAGUGGACGAGACGUCCAAGGAGGCAGCGAAGGAAACUCCGGAGUCUCCAAUAGCAGAGGAAAAAAUAAUCUCAGUACGCAACCCCAAAAAAACACAGCAGCAGCAGCAACAGCAGCAACAGCAACAGCAACAGCCAAAAAGGGACAAUUCCAACAGACCUCGCAUUCGGCCUAUUCUUUCUAGCGAUGUUCCUCACCGUAUGCAGUUAGCAAAGAAGGCCAUUGAAGAUAAUGUUAUUUUUAUUUACUCACGUGCACCGAAGCUAUACUAA